AUGGCAUAUGCCCUUCCUCAGGACCCAGCUGGGGCAUCUGGACCCUCUCUCACUUCUUUUUCUGACUGGAGCAAUUUCAUUCAAGAGGAUAAUUCCUGCCUGGAGAGAAGAGGACUUACCAAUGGCCAGCUCCUCAUGGUCCUAAGUAUUGACAGUGAGGCAGCCACCUUCAACAUAGAAGUCUCUCAGGAGAAACUGAAGGCCUGGGGGAUUCAGGUGCCUACAGAGGAGUACAAGAGUCUAAUUGAGAAAGCUGUCUUGGAUCCCCAAGUGAGAAGAUUUGUGUUCUAUAACUCCAGGCCUUUCCAGCUAGCCAUUGCUGUGGUUUUCUACAUAGCAAUGUGGGCCAAUCUGUAUUCCACCAGCCAGAUGUUUUCUUUGGGAAGACACUGGGCAGCUGUGGUUCUUGUGACCCUAGGCACUGUGUUAGCUACCGUCAUUCUCAUUUUCAUCUUUGAUAGGCACCAAAGGAAGGCAAACAUGAACACAGACCUCCGAUUGGCAGCUGCCAAUGAAACUCUGAUGCCAUACCACAUGCUCCUGGGAGUGACUGGCGAGGUGGAGGGUUGCCAGACGGUGCUGCAGCUUUGGUUUGUUUACUUCCACUUAGAGAGCUGUCUCCAGUCCUUAUCCGACUGUAUCCGAGAACUGAAGACCAGUGAAGAGGUAACCAACCUGCAGGGUAGCCUGAAUGACUGA